AUGGCUUCCUUACAUACAUUGGACAUAAAUCGCGAGGCGGAAGAUAACAAACAACUCAAACAAAUCUAUAAGAAGGAGACCAACUACCCUGACGCGGAAGUGGACGCUGGAGUCGGAGAGGAAAAAUGGAUUUCGCCUAAUCCAUUCCUAGUGAUAGGCCCGUUUAAAUAUACAACUGCUAUUGUUAUUAAAGGAAACGGAGGGAUCGUCAGUAUUCUGAAAGGCAAUGAGUGUGUUAAAAGUUAUCCUGAUCAGGACCUGGUGAAGGAAGCUAUAAUGGUGUUUCUUGAGCCUGGUUUUUACUGCUGGAUUAUGAAAGGUUCCCAAGUAAAAUUUAUCAAGCAGCCAGAGUGA